AUGGACAUGGCUGAUUUACAAUGCAUCAUCCUUCACCGUCACGAUAGAAGACGAACUAGAGCAUCGACGGGGUAUUUAGGAGUACGAAGGAGACCAUGGGGACGCUAUGCAGCGGAGAUUAGAAACCCUUAUACUAGGAUGCGACACUGGUUAGGCACAUUUAAUACACCGGAAGAAGCAGCAAUAGCUUAUGACAUAGCAUUAAUCACCUUGAGUGGUAUCGAUAGAGCCCAAACUAAUUUUUACUAUAUGUUUGUGACUAUGCCUUCUACAACUCCUCCACCGCCACCUCCAUUGCCUCCUCCGGCACCUUCUCCUUUGGAAGAACAAAAUGAAUAUUAUUUUGAGUACAGCUUGGAGAAUAAUGAUGAUCAUAAUAAUUUGGUUGAUGGUUAUAAUGAUGAUUCAAUCAAUAUUACUACCAUUUUGCAGAAUUUUUGA